AUGGCUAUCAUUGCCACCUUAUUCUACAGACUUUUUUUGCAUCCUCUCUCCCAUUUGCCGGGCCCUCUGCCAGCCAGAUUAACAGGUCUCUGGCGCACAACAAAAUACAUUCAAGGCAACUGGCAUGAUGACAUACUCUCCAUCCAUAACAAAUACGGAAGAGUGGUACGAAUUGCACCGAACGAAGUUUCUGUAGUGGACGAGUACGCCAUGAAAAACUUGUACGGCCACGCACCUCAACUAUUCUCGGAAUUGGACAAGAAGCACCAUAGCUUCCUAAGAAAGCGCCUGGCGAGUGCUUACUCAAUGUCUUCAGUCCUCAAAUACGAGGUCCAUAUUCAGGCCUGCCUCGAUUUACUAAUCCGAAAGCUCGGGAAAUACGCCCAAGCUGGCGAAAUCGUUGACAUGGCUGUAUGGACUAAUGCGUUUGCAUUUGAUGUAGUUGGUGAACUCGGCUAUGGUUCCCAAUUUGGCCAUCUUCAGGAGGAAAAGGACGUCGGUGAACUUCGAAAAACCAUAUUCAAUGUUUUCAAGCUUUUGUCAUCCGUCGGCCACCUCCCUCGGUGGUUAUGGCUUGUUACAAGUCGUGGUGCUCAGAUGAUUACUGGAUUCUUCAAUGCAGACCAACCCCUGGUAGCUUUCCGCAAUUGGUCCGCGAUGAAAGUCCAGAAGCGACUAGACAACCCUGAGAUGACCGGACGAGAAGACCUUCUAGCACAUUUCUGCAGAAUGAAGGAUCUCGAAGGGAAACCAGCUUCCUUCCUUGAAAUCUUGGUGGAGGCGAUGAAUUUAGUGUAA